GAGGCUCGCGCGCGCACGCACCCCGCCCCAGCCCUGGAGCGGCUCGCGGCCGGCUCCGCGCCGCAUCGCUGGGUUUAGCGCACAUAGCGCGGCGGCCUUUCGGCAGCCAAGCGGCAGCGGCGGUUUAGGGCAAAGAGCCGUGGAUAGGCUGCUGGGCCAGCUGGUACCAUCAUGGCGGAGAAAGUGAACAACUUCCCACCGUUGCCCAAAUUCAUCCCGCUCAAGCCAUGUUUCUACCAAGACUUUGAGGCAGAUAUCCCUCCCCAGCAUCUCAGCAUGACCAAGCGCCUCUACUACCUCUGGAUGUUGAAUAGCGUCACGCUGGCCGUGAACCUGGUGGGCUGUCUCGCGUGGCUGAUCGGAGGCGGGGGAGCCACCAACUUUGGCCUCGCCUUUCUCUGGCUCAUCCUCUUCACACCCUGCUCCUACGUCUGCUGGUUUCGGCCCAUUUACAAGGCCUUCAAGACUGACAGCUCCUUCAGCUUCAUGGCAUUCUUCUUCACCUUCAUGGCCCAGCUGGUCAUCAGCAUCAUCCAGGCUGUGGGCAUCCCAGGCUGGGGUGUCUGCGGCUGGAUUGCCACCAUCUCCUUCUUCGGAACGAAUGUUGGCUCAGCAGUGGUGAUGCUUAUUCCCACCGUCAUGUUCACAGUUAUGGCUGUCUUUUCCUUCAUUGCCCUCAGCAUGGUUCAUAAAUUCUACCGAGGCAGUGGGGGGAGUUUCAGCAAAGCUCAGGAGGAGUGGACCACGGGGGCGUGGAAGAACCCACACGUGCAGCAGGCAGCUCAGAAUGCAGCCAUGGGGGCGGCGCAGGGUGCCAUGAACCAGCCGCAGACUCAGUAUUCCACCACCCCCAACUACACGUACUCCAAUGAGAUGUGAACCAACUGAGCCUACUGGGAGCUGGCUAGGGGCCUGUGGGACAGGGGCUCAAGCCACACGGUCUGUUGUGGUGACCAAGCAGGGUUCCCCCUUCCCUUUUUCUCCUUCCUGACUUUGUACAAAGAAUCAGAGUUAUAUAUAUAUAUAUAUAUAUGUAUAUGUAUAUUCUCCCCCUCCCCCACCCCGCCGCCACACCCUUUGGAUUUUGCUCUCAGCACUCUGAGAGCUGUGGGCUGCACGUGGACCUGUCCCGUGCAGUGGUAGUUGUGUCUUUGUCCCCUUGUGAAUAGUGUGUAGUGGAGGUCUCUGUUGUUGUGGUGCUAGAUGUGUGUUUAGAACUAAACCAGCCCCCCAUCCUCCACCAGGCUGCCCCCUCUGACCUUCGCCCAUAGCAGAAAGCCUGGCCACUCCCAAGGGUUAUGAGCUGAAACUGUUUCCACUUUUGGUCUUACUGGGAAGCAACAAUAUUUAGCACUCAUGGGGCUGGUAGGUGGAAGGGUGGGGACCUGCAGGGGAUCUUCCCUUGCUCCUUCCUGUAUGGCUCUCCCCACCCUAACCUCCUUCCCCUGUUCUCCUUUCCUGCUGUCAGAUUCCUAAGGUCUCUUCUCCCACCCAGGUCUCUCUCUUCCCCAUGUAGCUUUUCUUUGUCUCUCCAAGGCUGAGUGUCCCAGUUGUAUCUGCUCCUGAGACUGAGACCAUUCCUAGAUCAAGGAAGCAGAUGGGAACUGAGUCUUAGCCCUGAUGUGGAAGGGCACAGAGCUGGAGGUAUAGAGCCCACUGCAGUACCUGACUCCCAGGGAAUGGAAAUGCAAGGCAGGAUCCUCUCUUCCCGGCCUUGCCUUCCCCUCCUCUUCCCAGAGCCCCGUUGAGCUCCUCUGCCUGUGUCCCUCCCCAUACUCUUGGCUGCUUUGGCCUGAUUCUCCUACCCUCUGCCUACUGUGUACUAGAUGGCAUCUGCCAUUCAUGAGGGCAGAUUCCACUGCCUUCCCUGAAGAGCUAAAUAGUGUCUAGGCAAUUUUCAGAUGUAAAAAUACUGCUGGAGUAGAGGGUAUAUAAAUAAUUACUGGUUCCUGGGUGAUGUCUGGUUGGCCCAAGGCCACUAGGCAGGUGCUAGGUGUCUCUAAAUGACCAGUGGUUUUCUGGAAGCAAUCGCUGUUCUGUUUGGGUUUGAUAGAAAGGACAGGCUCAGAGGGCUGGGCCGGGAGGGAAGAUUAGAGGAGAAGGCAGGCAGGGCCCUGUGGGAGGGGAUCAUGUGUCCCUUGACCCCAGCUUUCUCUUCGUCAUAGGGCAGUUCUGGGCAGUUGAGCUCAAGGCCCAGGAAGAAGCCAGGCCCAAUCCUAUAUGCAAGGACAAUGAUGGGAAUGGGAUUUCAGGUUAGGUGGGGUGGGAGGGGAGGCACUCUGGCUCUUGUUUUUCUUUUUUUUUUUUCUCUUUUUAAAAAUCAGAUCAAGAUCCCUUGCUCCCCUCUGCCUACUAGACUUGGUUCUUGGCCCUUCCUUCCCCUGUCAGAACUUCCUUUCCCUCCUAGGACAGUGAUUGCAGGCCUAUGGGGCUGUUCUGUUCCAGGCAUUGUGAGAAUAUUGGUGGUAGAGGCACUGGCUCUUUCAGAGACCUGGAGGGGAGUGGGAUCUCUUGCAAGGAGCAACUGCUCAUUUCUCACUCACUGCCCCCACCUCCUACCUGGGCUACUUGGCUUGAAAAACCAAACACUACCUGGCCACUUUGGGUGGCUCCAGCUUAGAACACAACACCUGGAUUUCCAGGUGCCAUCCUGAACUUUGAGCUCCAGAUACUUUGUUUUCUUAUACAGGGAGCCAAGGCCUCUGGGAAGUUCUCUUCCUAAUGGUCAGAGUGUGAUUGGCUCUUUACUCUCUACCACUCUCUCUCUGGAAAGCACAGCCCCAGGUACCUAAAAAGAGACCCUAGGUCUAGGUUCUUCCUCCCCUUUCUUCUUCCCUAGCCCAGACCUCUGGCUACCUUUAUCUCAGUCUCUUUGGUAGCUCCAAGAGUCCUGUGGUCCAGCUGUCAGCGCAGCAUCCUUGAAAUGUUGGAUGCUCCCUCCAAUCAAUUUCCUGUCCUACCUGCCUUUCCUCUUUCCUGGCUCAGACCUAUAUGGCCAUGAUCUGGUUCUGCCCUUGGGAAAACCUGCUACCUGUGGGCAGCCCAGCUUGUCCAGGUUCUGGGAUGCUGCAUCUCCUGGCAACUAUGCACUUUCCUGGGGAGGGAACCAAUAUGAGAAGUGGAGCUGGGCACAGAUUCAUCUCUGUUGGAUGGCCUGGCAUGAGGGUGGAGGAAGGCCCCGAGAAUCCUCAGAUCUGUGGCCAGCCAGUGACCUGCUUUUGCAUUUUGCUGGUGCCCAUUGCCCUUCUUUGUUUCUGGGAGACACAGACCAUUCUCCCUCUGGCAGUUGAUCUGCUGAGCCAAUGUAUCUGUCUGUGAUAACUGAGUGAACCAUAAUAAAGGGGAACAUUUGGCCCUCUG